AUGUCUAUGUGUGCCUCAGUAAUCAUAUCUAAUUUGCUCAUUGGAAUAGAUUCUCCAAAGCAGAGCCCUGUUUUUGAAUGGGCAAAUAAACACUAUGCUGUUGUGAACCCUGAUUCUUUCUCUGCAAUCAUCGGCUUUGAUCAUGCCACUAGGCAUUUGAUUAGGUCAUUGCAGAAUGAUCUAAACACUUCAUUGCAUAUUUUCGAUACGAAUUCAGUAACGAUCAUAGCGAUCCCCUCUAGUAUCAGUUGGUAA